AUGUUGCGGUCAGUGAACGCCUGCUGUCCCUACGAGGGUGAGCUGCUCCGCAGAGCGCUGCCUCCUCUGAUUAUCAUAGAGUUCCUGCUGGGCGUCCUGGCCAAUGGCUUUGCUCUCUGGGUCUUCUGCUGGCACAUGAGGCCUUGGAAGAGCAGCACCGUCCUCCUCUUCAACCUGGCCCUGGCCGACUUCUUCCUCAACGUGGUGCUGCCAUUUCGCGCCAGCUACUACCUCUCCGGACUGGACUGGAAGUUCGGCUGCAUCUUCUGCCGCCUCUUCCUCUUUCUGGUGUCCCUGAACCGUGGCGGCAGCAUCGGCUUCCUGACGCUCAUCGCUCUGGACAGGUACAUGCGCGUGCUGCACCCCCACCACCGCCUCAACUCUAUGUCCAUCGCCAAGGCUGUGGGCGUCGCUGUGGUGGUGUGGGCGCUCACCGUCUCCCUCAACGUCCACCUUCUGAUGGCUCCACAGCACCUGAUGGUGGGAGGUGCCAUGCAGUGCGAGAGCUUCAUGGUGUGUCUGGCUUUUGACCCUGCGUCCCUCUGGUACAAGUCUGUCUUCGUUAUCUCAUUCUUCGUCCCCCUGGCUCUGAUCCUUGUCUGCUCGCUCCGCAUCGCCUCUGAGCUCAGGCGCAGGCAUUUGGAUCGCUACGACAAUAUCAGGAGGGCCCUGUCCUCCCUGGCCGUGGUGGUGGUGGUGUUCGUUGUCUGCUUCCUGCCCAGCAACGUGGCCCAGAUUCUGAUCUGGGCGAAUAUUGGGUCACAGAGGACAUGCGAAUCUGUGGAGGUGGUCAAUGUGGUCUUCUACACCACGCUGACCUUCACCUACCUCAACAGCAUGCUGGACCCUGUGCUCUACUACUUCUCCAGCCCCACCUUCCAGCGGGUGUGCAUACAGCUGGUGAGACUCCAGAGCACAGAGGGGACGGUGGACACAGGGGAGGACGGGACUAAAGAUAGCAGCGCCCAGGCUGACAAAAAGGGGUUUCAUGCUGUACACGGCUGA